GGCUGGGGCAGCGCGGCGCCGAGGCACCGGGCGGCGGCGGCGGCAGCCAGGUCUCUGGAUUUGUCAGCCUUGCACAUCUCCUCCCAGCCAUGAGGAGAUCAAAAGGAUUUAAUAUCUGUGUGGUCACCUGCAGCAUCCUGCUCUUGUCCUCCAGCCUGCCAUGCCUUGCUCAGCCUCUGGAGGAGGGGGAUGUGACAAAGAUCCAGCGUGGCUCCUGGGUGGGGAAUGGGCCGGAAGAUGAAAGGACAGCCAUGGUGGACUUGAAAACCAAUCUGAGCCCUUCUGAGCAGACAGUUUCUGAAGAGCCAUGUGCAGUGUCAGCACAGCCAUCUGGGACACCCUCAGAUGAAGCUUUCACUGAAGAAGUGCUCCCUGCCAGCCCGAGCAGUGUCCUGCCCAGCAGCCAGGGCCUGGGGGGUCACCCCUCUGCUGGGCAUGAGGGGGAGCUGGCUCCCACUGAGCCACAGAAGGAGGAGGAUGAAGCACUUGGGGCCAUGCUGACCACAGCUGUGACCACGCUGAGCCCUCCAGUCCAGGAGGAGUCUGGUGGCCCCACAACAGAGAGUGGUGUGGCAGUGGAGCCCAGCUCUGCUGGCCCCUCAGCAAACCCCAUUUCUGGGACCACUGUGGAGGAGGAGGAAGCAGAGAGCAGCUCACACCCCUCAGUUGUGCCCCAGGCCACGCUGAACCCCAGCUCUCCCAGCUGGGAAGCAGCAAGUGACCACGCUGUAGUUCCAAGUCCCCAGGCUGCAGGUGUGACCUCUGGGCUGGAAAUGCCAAGAGCCCGCACAGGGAGCCCUCUGAAAUCCCUGGCUCCACCAACACCUGUGGCUGCUAAACAUCCCCUUGUGGCAACUGAAGCCUUCCUUCACCCACAGGCAGGGACAGGUGUCACACAGCAGGAGCUGCCCACUACGGCUGGCACUGUCACCGUCCCCUCUAUGGACACUGUGCCACCUGACUGGGAUGACACAAAACUGGGGGACAUCACUCACAGGGGAAGUAUGUCUCGUGAGGAGGUGACAGAGGAGCUGGGGACAACAGAACCAUCCCAGACCACCCAGGAAGGUGUGGGGGAGGAAGAGGAUGCCACAAGAGCCAUGCCCUCCCCAGUGUCCCCUCCACCAGCGCCUGAGCUUGCCAAGGAGAGCAACUGCACAGUGCCAGUGCAAGGGGAGGAGCUGCCAGCAACUUCCCCGGGCAGCAGCGCUGCUUUCCACGCUGGGAACCUGUCAGAUGCAGGCACAGCUGAUCUUGGCUCGCUGGAAAACAUAAGUGCAGUCACAGCAGAGGAGGAGAAAAGCAUCCCUCCGUCACAGCCGGAGGCUGCUGUGGUGACAGAUACCCAGCCUGAGCUCUCUCCUACUCUGGAGAGUUCAUGGAAAGGUGCCACUGAGGAGGUGACAGCAGCUGCCCAGGAGGCUGAUGCUGCUCUGCCUGCUGUGACAGAGGUUUCUGGUGCCACCCAGGGGGCAGGGGCUGCCAGCUUUCCUCAGGAGAACAGCGGGGAGGACACCCAGAUGCUGACGGCUCCCAGUGCCACCGAGGUGCUGCUGGCAGCUGGUGCUGCCUCCACGGGGAGCCCUGUGGAUGCAGAAGAUCUCACAGAUGGGAUCCUGCUCACCAGUGAGAAAGCUGCUCCAGCCCUUGGUGGGAUGUCUUCUACCCCAGCUGGGCAGACAGAGGAGCCAGCCAGCAGAACUGUGGUCCUGGUAUCUCCAGCCUCGGUGGCCUCCUCUGCCAGAACUGCUGUUUCCCCUGCCAGGAGGACCAGCACAGCUGUGACCUACGGGCUGGACCGCCUGGAGUCUGAAGAGGGCGAAGAAGAGGAAGAGGAUGAAGAGGAGGAGGAGGAAGAGGAAGAGGAGGAGGAGGAAGAUGAGGAGGACAAAGACAUAGACCUGAUGGAUGAAAGCAUGGAGGGUGACAUGGAGCUGCCAGGCUUCACACUUCCAGGGGAGACCUCCCAGGAGCCCCUGGCUGGCCUGGAAAACCCUGUGGCCCAGCUGGCUGGGGUGUCCUACCAGGUUCCUGACACCAUUGAGUGGGAGCAGCAGAACCAGGGUCUGGUGAGAAGCUGGAUGGAGAAGCUGAAAGAUAAGGCAGGAUACAUGUCAGGGAUGCUGGUUCCUGUGGGAGUUGGAAUAGCUGGAGCCCUCUUCAUCCUGGGAGCGCUCUACAGCAUCAAGAUUAUGAAUCGCCGGAGGAGAAACGGCUCCAAGAGACACAAAAGGAAGCAGAGGGAAUUUAACAGCAUGCAGGACCGAGUCAUGCUCUUGGCUGACAGCUCUGAAGAUGAAUUUUGAGUGGAACUGCAGUGCCCUUGGGAGAGCCCGUGACUUUUCAGAGGAGGGAGAGCGGGGGGCAAGAAGAACAAGUGACUUUUCUGCUGCUCCCUCGGCUGUCCCGGGCAGGGGUGGUGUCCCCAGCCCAGUGACAAUGACAAUGCUAUGCUCUACGUGUGCCACCCGUGGUGUUUGUUUUGAUACAGUAGUGGAGAUCUCACACUCGCCCCCGGCACCUCAUUCAGAGCCACAGCUGGAGCUGAUCCAUGUGGAUGAUUAUUUUCCUCUUGCCCUGUUGUACUGUUUUGGUCCUGGCUGGCAGUAAUCUAAUCAUAACAAUAGCUCUCACCCAUCCCAGGAAUGGAAAUCUUUACUGUGAAUGACUUCUGUCCAAUUCAUUUUAAAUGUUACAUUACCUGAGCUAGAGUUCGUUAGUGCUAAGAUUAGCUGCUCUGCUUAAUUAAUGAGUUGUAAGCCUGAACUGUACCCCUGGCUGCCCAUGUACAGGGUUCUUGAUACAGUUUGAAGCACAUUUCUGCCCCCACUCUCACCCCUUCCUUCCUUCAGCUCUGCUCCACGCUGCUUGGAGACACACAGGAAUGGCCUCAGCACUGAUUGCACCACAGAAUUCCGUGUCCAUUUUCAACCAGCACUGUGUGUUACAGCACAAUAAAUACCAGCGCUCACCUACUGACGGGUGCUCUUGCCUGCAUCUCUUGGCUUUUGGUCAGUGUGCAAGGAGGUGAGAGAAGAGGCAGGUCAGAAACUUCCCCAGCUUUUGCCUCCUCUUGGAAGGACACUAACUCCUGGUUCUUCUCUUUCCAAGGCUGCAUUCCCAUAGGGAUGAGAGUGGAGCCUCUGUGCCCCUUUACCCCACUGGAAAAUGCAUUUUCAGCCCCUGAAAGCUGCGUGAACAACAGCACCUUUGGGGGAUCUGGAUGGGUCUUGUCUCACAGAAUGGUUUGGGUUGGAAUGGACUUUUGAGGGACCUUUCCAACCCUGACACCUUCCCCUAUCCCAGGUUGCUCCAAGCCUCAUCCAGUGUGGCCUGGAACACUUCCAGGGAUGGGGCAGCCACGGCUUCUGUGGGCAAGUGGUCUCCAAACCAUGGAAUACAGAAAGGCCCCAAAGGCUGGGGAGCAGAUGGCAGUCACUGCUGAGGGAUUUGUGUCUCACAGUGGGAAAACAGCAAGAGCUGGAGCGAUGUCAGCUGUUGGGUGUGAGAUGACCCCGCUGGGAACCCUUGGCUGCAGGGAGAAAGGUGAAUUCAUAGCACAGAUGGGUGCAGGGGGUUGUGGAGGUUCUCUGUUAGUGCUGAGAUUUGAGGGACACAGUGCUUGUGGUGACACAGGCACUGAGAGGAGGAGAAUAAUGUAGCUUUGCCCAGAAAUGCUGUCAAAAUAGCCAGGAAAAGAGCUGCACUAUUGAGCUCUGCUUCCCACUUUGAAUUACUCCAAUCUGCAUGUAAAACAUCCAUGUUUCUGAGGUGGGAAUCGCUGUUCUGUGGGGAAUCAUCCUUCCUGCAAGGAGCAGUGACUGUUGCCAGAGGAGAUGUGAGCAGAAAAGUAAGGGCAGACCCCACAUCUGCUGAGAUUCAAUCCCUCUGAGCCUUUGGAGAAGUGGGAGGGAGGAGAGGUUGAGGAGGGGCAGGAGGAGGAUCUGGUGGCCUGUGGAAGUGGAAAGGCCUGUGGAUGGUGGGGAAAUGUCUUGUGGAAGUGUCAGUAGGGUUGCAAAGCAGAGAGGACUUCCAGGAGCCCCUCCUGAGGUGAGCUGUCUCUUGAGAGGGUCAGGGCCUGCUCUGGACAUUAAAUCAGAUGUGAUGCUCAGCAGAGCCCAGGCACUCUCCUGUGAGCCUGUGAGCCUCCCUGGGUCACCUGGACAAGGACAGGGGGGACACCCCAGUUCCAAAAUGCUGCUCAAUGCUCAGUCUUCCAGUCCCACAGCUGUGGGUGGUACCUCAGUCAUUCAUCCUGCUGGCUGCAUGGGGAGACAACAAAUUUUGGGGGUGAUGGGGUGGGGGGAGGGUCUUCAUACUCUAAUCCCUCCAGGAGAGGCUUCCCCAGACAGGGCUCCAUGGUGCAUCUCUGCCUUUUUGUUGCUGGAACAUCAGUCAGGAGGAUUUUGCCUAAAAGCAGCCCAACAUCUUGAACAGGCACUGACUGGCAAUACCAUGAAAUCCAAAAUUCAGGCCUCUUUAUCACAUACUAAGUGGUCACUCCAAGUUAAGAUGAAGUUUUCCCACCAGACUGAUUUCUCCCUAUUUCCUUCUCAUUCCUAAAUCUGUUGGAGCUUGGAGGUGCUUUAAGGUGUUGACAGUCCAGCUGAUCAAUCCUGGCUGUCUUGCACUAUUGGGAAAUGCUGUCCCUUGGGCUCUUGGAUGAUUUUUUUUCCCAGUAAGGCAUGGUGGGGAUUGCAAGGUGAAUAGCUGAUAAAAUACCUGAUAAAACACAGAGCUGCUGGGUCAGUCAGGAGGAGGAGGAGGAGGGAUGGCUGAGGAAGGCUGCUGGUUUAAGUAGCCCAGCUCUAACAGCUCAGGAGGAUCCCUAUGGAUGGCUUGUCAGUUUGAUGGGUUGGGAAGGUGGGUGGGAGGUGAUGUGGCCUUUUGUUGGGCUAAUAAAUCCCCAGUUUGGGAAACACUGCCUUUCUGCAGGGGCAAUCAGUUUUCCCUGUCUCUCUUCUCCCUCUCCAGCAUAAUGAAUUUGAGGAGUUAAAGGCAACCUUGCCAGUCAGGAUGAUGGAAGUGGGGUUUUACUGCAUCUGUGGGGGGGCCUGGUGUCCUCAGAGCCAGAGAGGACGUGGCAGGGGUGGCUUGGAUGCUGGGAGUCGACCAGGAAGGGAGGACCAGCUGCAUGCACAGUUCAGUGUGGGCUCUCUGAUCUCUGCUGGAGACAGAUUUAGGAGUUAGGUGGAUUUCCCAAAGGUUUUUCUUGUGAUCUGUCUGCACUCCAGGCCUGACUGUGGCUCUGAAAUCCUUCAGCCAAGGAUGGGACCCGGGUGCUGCUGGCCAGCAGUGCCAGCUGAAGGCCAUUUGGAGGGGAGCUUUCUGUGAAAUAGUUGGUUUUGGUCAGCCCUGGAGGGUCCCCACGUCUUCAGCUUAAGCUGGAAUUCAGGUGGGCAGUCAGAGCCAGCCGUGGCUCGAGGGAAGCUUGUGGGAGCCUUGGGAGCUCAGGCAGAGUUUCCUGCAGCAUCUGCAGGUCCUUAAGGCACAAGCACCACUCAGCCCCUUCCCUUCUCAUUCAAGGCCAAGAGACUUCGGAUUGGGCUCUUAAAAAUAUCCUCUGCACAGCUCCUGGAGUUGGAUUCAUUCCCCUGGAAUGACCAGCUGGCAGCAGGGAGGGUGUGGGAGCUGAAGCUGCAGUGGCCUAACACUGCUGAUUGAAUCUUUUCCUCUGCCUUACCAAACCAGCAGGUUCCUUUGGAAGAGGCAGGGCAUGGAAGGCAGCCAAGAAGGACCCUCCUCAUCCUCAGUGCUGGGUGAACUGCAAGGCCCCUGAGUGCUGAGGGUGGUGACAUUGGCACUGCAAUGUCACUGCAGCAAUUAACACCCCCUGCACCCCACAAGCCAGAAUUUCCUUGCGGGCACUGCACAAUUUGGCAUCUCCAGCCCCAUUUCUGACAGGAGGAGCCAGCCUGCCUGGCAGCUCUUGCCCCCUUGGAAUGCACCUCCACCACAGAGCUGCUGAUCCCUAAAGGUGUCCCUGAGGCUCCUCUGGGCUGCUCUUCUUCCACAGAGAGCUGUGGGCAGUCCUCCUGCUUCCUUGUGGUUUUCUCUCGUGGACAGGAGCAGCUCCUCAUCCUGUAACUAUGGAAUGUGGCACUUUGUUACAUGAAAACACUGGGAAAUAAAAAGCUGUCAUUCAAAGCUGA